UUGUCCGGUGCAAAUGUGUUGACUUCGUGGCUCUGGUGCGCCCUGUGUAUCCGGUGGUUCGUCUCUGUCUCUGCUACCUCGGUCCUGUUGUGGGACUAAAUUUGGAAAGCUUUACACGUAUGCAAAGCACCCUGGCGAUUUAAAGUGAUAGUGACGGUUUCGAAAGACCCGUAGUGAUACUCCCGGAAAAAGGAAAGUUUAGCUGAACCACGUAGCCGUUUCGGAACGCAAGAUGAGCACGACUCCAGCGCCUGCCGCCACCCCUGCUCCACCACCUGUGCUGAAGAAAGGAAUCGUGAAGCAGAUCCUUUCCGGCGAUUCGGUGAUUCUGCGUGAUAAACCCGUGAAUGGUCCGCCCCGCGAGAAGCAGCUGAAUUUUGCCGGUGUGGUCGCUCCGAAGCUAGCGCGUCGUCCAACGAACGGUUCAAGUGAUGGCUCGAAGGAUCAACCUUACGCCUGGGAGGCCCGUGAAUACCUGCGCCAACGGUUGGUCGGGCAGGAGGUGUGGUUCUACUCGGAGAAACCGCCGAACGCGAACCGCGAGUACGGCUACAUCAAGCUGGGCAAGGACGUGAACUCGGAAAACAUCGUCGAGUCGAUCAUCUCCGAGGGACUUGUGACGGUGCGCCGGGACGGAGUCCGUCAAACGCCUGAGCAUACCCGCCUUAUCGAGCUGGAGGAUGCGGCCCGCAAGGCGCGGAAGGGUUUGUGGAGCGAUGCUCCGGAAUCCGAGCAUGUGCGUAACAUUACGUGGAACAUCGAGAACCCGAAGCAGUUCGUCGAUCAGCACGCGGGCCAACUGAUCAAGGGUAUCAUCGAGCACGUGCGGGACGGUUCGACGGUGCGCGCUUUCCUCAUGCCAAGCCGUGGUGUUUACCAGCACAUCACGCUCAUGAUGUCCGGAAUCCGCUGCCCGGGCUUCAAGCUAGACGCCGACGGCAAACCGGACAACACGACUGAAGUGCCGUUUGCGGAUGAGGCUCGCUUCCAUGUUGAAUGCCGCCUGCUACAACGAGAUGUGAAAAUUAGGUUGGAGUCGAACAGCAACACUAACUUCCUCGGGACAAUCCUGCAUCAGGACGGUAACAUUGCCGAGUCCCUGCUACGCAACGGUUUCGCCAAGUGUGUCGAGUGGAGCAUACCGUACGUGAAGGAAGGCAUCGAACGCCUACGUGCCUCUGAGCGUGAGGCCAAGAACCAGCGACUGCGCCUCUGGAAGGACUACAAACCACCGGCGGCACUUGCGAAUACUAAGGACAAGGAGCUGAUCGGUACGGUCGUAGAGGUGUUCAACGGUGAUGCCGUUGCGGUGAAGGUUGGUACCGUCACGAAGAAGGUGUUCUUCUCGUCUAUUCGCCCCCCGCGUCCGAAGGAGGAUGAUCCUCCCCGUACUAAGAACUCGCGUCCGUUGUACGACAUUCCCUGGAUGUUUGAGGCUCGUGAAUUCCUGCGCAAGAAGCUGAUUGGCAAGAAGGUUACUUGCACGCUGGACUACGUAGCACCCGCCCGCGAUAACUACCCGGAGAAAUUCUGCUACACUGUUAGGCUGGGAGACUUGAAUGUGGCCGAAGCAAUGCUCGAGAAGGGUCUCGCGACGGUGAUCAACUACCGCCAAGACGAUGAGCAGCGCUCACCCGAGUAUGACAAACUGCGUGCCGCCCAGGAGCAAGCGAUCAAGGGUUUGAAGGGUCUGCACGCGAAGAAGGACAUCCCGGCGCACCGCAUCAACGACCUGACGACGGAUCAUUCCCGCAUCAAGCACCACUAUCUGCCGUCGUGGCAGCGUGCCUUGCGCACCGAGGCUAUCGUCGAAUUCGUUGCCAGCGGAUCCCGCCUGCGACUGUACUGCCCGAAGGAAAGCUGUCUGGUAACAUUCCUGCUUGCUGGCAUCAGUUGCCGCCGCUCGGCUCGUCCCGCCAUCGGUGGGGCACCGGCCCAGGAAGGUGAACCGUUUGGCGAUGAGGCACUCCAGUUCACGCGCGAACGUGUCCUGCAGCGAGACGUUAGCGUGAAGAUCGAUACCACCGACAAGCAAGCGACUAGCGUGAUCGGCUGGCUAUUCGCAGAGAACAAUAUGAACCUCUCGGUGGCCCUGGUCGAGGAGGGUCUGGCCGAAGUGCACUUUACGGCGGAGAAGUCCGAAUACUUCCGCUCGCUCAAGGACGCCGAGAACCGCGCCAAGGCGAGGAGGAAGAAUAUCUGGAAGGACUACGUCGAGAAGCCGGUGGAGGAGGAGAACAAGGAUGAGAUUGAUGAUACGCCGGACGUAAACACACCCGCCGACCGGAAGGUCAAGUACGAGAGCGUCGUCGUGACGGAGGUGACUCCCGAGCUGCACUUCUAUGCCCAGCAUACCGAGCAGGGUGCCAAACUGGAGGAACUCAUGACCAAGCUGCGCCAGGAGUUCAAGGCUAUGCCCCCGGUAACGGGAGCGUACGCGCCAAAGCGUGGUGACCUCUGUGCGGCCAAAUUCUCCGAGGACGACGAGUGGUACCGUGCGAAGGUGGAGAAGGUCGAGAAGGGUGGCAACGUGUCGAUUCUCUACGUCGACUAUGGAAACCGCGAGAACGUUCCCUCGACCCGCCUAGCAAUGCUCCCGCCUACGUUCCUCUCGGAGAAACCGUACGCGCACGAAUACGUGCCGGCCCUGCUUGUCUUGCCGACCGACACCGACGAUCGUAACGAAGCGGUGAAGGCGUUCUCGCAGGACGUGCUCAACCGCAGUCUGAACAUGAACAUCGAAUACCGCAUCACCGGUACAGAGUAUGUGACCCUGGUGGAUCCGAGCACGAAGUCUGACGUCGGAGAGGAUCUGAUCGCCGACGGAUACGUGAUCGCGGACAAGAACAAGAAGGAUCGUAGACUGACCAAGUUGAUCGCCGAUUACAAGGAAGCUGAACAGAAGGCCCGUAAGCACCAUAAGGGCAUCUGGCAGUACGGUGACAGCACCGAAGAUCAGGCUGGCGAGUUUGGUCUCAGCCGUUAAGGUUCGCCAAUCGAGCCAUCCCUUUUCGCUCACGCAUCUCCAUCGCAGUCCAGUUCUUCCCUCUCACGUUGUUCUCUCAACGUAUAUCCUAUCGUUCGUUCCGUUUAGGGCGGACGUCUGGGAUGUGCGAUGUAGAGCAGAAUUGAGGGCCCCCGCUGAGAAUAAACGGACAUUAAACAGUAACUCUCCGGAGGGGAAACGUUGCAAUUCUAUAAUAUCGUCGUCCUCGUGAUCGUGUUUUGUCAAAGUCGUACCGGUUGAACCGGUCUUCUAAAGCACACAUACACAUUAGAGACAAAAGGAGGAUUGAAGUUGGACCGAGUGAGUUGCGGGCGAAUGAACAUGAAAUAACACACCUGCCUAUCAAUAUAAACAGUAAAAAAGCUAUAUAAUGUGAGAUAAAAGAGAGAAAAACAAAAAAUCAUUUCUGAUAAAGAAAACAUCGUUUCAAAUGGUUCAUUUACGGCUCUAUAUAUAUGCUACGAUAUAUUGCAAGAAACGAAAUCGUUUCAUGAAAGGAGAGACUACCACCAACAACCAAGAACUAGCAUGAUGCUUCCAUGGACUCAACUGUCCAAAUGACAAGAACACUGACUAAACAUCGGUUGGUGCCAAACCAACAGUCAAUAUCAUCGUUGAAGCGCUGGAAGCUGGAAAGAAGACUAGAACUAAUAGAGUCCACAAGAAGAAGGCGUAAACAGAGCUAGUGUAUCUCCCCUCAUAUUGUAAGAUGAAGAUGAAUGUGAGCAGAAAGGCAACUAAAGUAGCGAUGUCGAACAUAGCAGAACAGAGAGAAAGAUUGAAAAAAAAAAUGUAAAGGCCUCGGAAAAAGGAACCGAAUAGGGAAUGUGUUUAUUGAUGGUUACGUGCAUCUCACAGGAAUGGCACAGGAGAACAGUGUUGGUUGAAGAGAUUGGCCUUUGUUCACAUGUUCACAUAUAGCCAUUAGUUAUCACAGAUUUGUGUUUAUUUUUUACGGUUUACGCGUAACGCAUUAUAUAUCUUCACCUGAUUGUCAUAAUGAAUCUUUUUUUUUUACAGUUUUUCUUUUUUUUCUUGGUUCCAUUUAUGGUGAAAAUAAAAUUUAUCCUGACAUUAUAAAAAUA